CUCAUUACCAGACCUCCAGCUGGCGCACGGUGGUAUCAGAAUGAAUCGUACCCUGUAGCCCAGAUGAGGAGAGUGUAUGCAUAUAGGCAGCGAAAAAAGCUUUGUGCAGUAUUCGUGGACUGUUAAAGCAGUGCCGCGUUUUGAUCACAUGCUGACCACUCCUUAAGGAUCAUUUAAAAAAGAAAAAACAAUGUGACACAUGACUAACCUGUGACCUCAUCACAGGACGGGUUAUCUAAGAUGGCGGACGGUAAGAUCGAACGAACUUGCGCAAAUCCCUCUAAUGAAGAGAAAAUGAAAAAAUUAUUCGAUCCUACUGAAUAUCAACACACAAGAUACAAUCCUCUUCGCGAUGAUUGGAUUCUCGUUUCUCCGCACCGAAUGAAAAGACCGUGGAAAGGUCAAGUUGAAAAACCUCAAGAGGAGGAGAUUCCUCGCUGGGACCCCAAGAAUCCAUUAUGUCCAGGAACAGUACGUGCCAGUGGCAAGGAAAAUCCAGACUAUGACAAGACCUAUGUGUUUGAAAAUGACUUCCCUGCCCUGCUACAAGAGGAAGCACCUUCACCAGGUCCUUCUACUCAUCCCUUACUGAAAUGUGAACCAGCUCAAGGAACAUGUAGAGUGAUGUGCUUCCAUCCAUGGUCUGAUCUCACUCUUCCUCUUAUGUCUAUUGACGAAAUCUUGGAAGUCAUAAGAGAAUGGAUGAGACAGUACCAGGAAUUGAGUAAAAGCUACCGCUGGGUUCAGAUAUUUGAGAACAAAGGUGCUGUUAUGGGAUGUUCUAACCCUCAUCCUCAUUGCCAGAUCUGGGCAAGUUCCUUUCUACCAAAUGAAGCAGCAAUAGAGCAUCUGACACAACAAGAAUAUCAAGAGAAACAUAAAGUUCCAAUGCUAGUUGAGUAUGCUAGACUGGAAGCAGAACAGAAGGUCCGUAUUGUUGUGGAAAAUAGAGACUGGAUUGUAGUGGUACCUUAUUGGGCAACUUGGCCUUAUGAAGUUCUGCUUCUUCCAAGAAGACAUGUUCAAAGAUUAUCAGAUCUCACAGAAGAGGAGCAGAAAAAUCUUGCAGAUGUAAUGAAGAGACUACUGACUAAAUAUGACAAUCUUUUUGAAGUUUCUUUCCCUUACUCAAUGGGUUGGCAUGGUGCACCAACCGGUAAACAGGACACAGACUGUAGUCACUGGCAGUUGCAUGCACAUUACUAUCCUCCUUUGCUCCGUUCUGCCACGGUCAAAAAAUUCAUGGUUGGCUAUGAAAUGUUAGCUCAGAGUCAAAGAGACCUGACUGCAGAGCAGGCAGCAGAAAAGCUUAGAAAUCUUUCUGAAGUUCAUUACAAGAAUAAAUGAUAUGUCAAGAGAAUCGUGAACAGAUUUAAAAUGAUUUGACCAAGGACCUGGUUCUCAGUUGAUACAAUCUAUUUUGGAUUCAUAAUAGAACCAAUCAGCAUAUUAGUCUUUUCUAAUCAUAAUUUAACGAAUAAAAGUGAUACUAACAGUUUACAAGAAACUUCCGAUGUAAUGAAGUUUCCUGGAGACUGAAGAGUUUUGCAUGAUCCUUUACUGUAAACCUAACUUUAGGAGUAGGGUUUUUUUUUUUUUAAUUUCAAUCCACUUUUAGGAUAAUCAAUUAGAAUUGUUUUUGGAUAGUCCAUUUAUUGAAUUUUUCUUGUUUAUGAAGGAAGUGCAUGGACUUUAAAUAAAAAAUGGAAAAAUGAA